AUGUCCAAAGAGCGUGUAAUCGUUAUUGGCGCUGGAAUUUCUGGCCUGAAAGCCGCAAUUGACAUCCACGCCGCUGGAAUCAAGGAUGUGUUAGUUCUGGAGGCUCGUAACCGUAUUGGUGGAAGAAUCUAUACUACCCACGAGGGGAAAAACAGCACCUACGACAUCGGAGCUUCAUGGUUCCAUGCUGCAGGAUUGAAUCCGUUGUUCCUGAAGAGCGUGGCCAAGGGAAACGUUGACUACUUCUUCGACGAUAACUCAGCAUCAAUUGUCACCUCCGGGGAGGAUCUUAGACCAGAAUGGAAGAUCGGCUCGGUAGUAGAGGAAAUCAAGGUAUUCGCUCGCAAUUUCAAGGGAGAGGAUACCAGUUUGCACAACGUGAUUGCCUCGUAUCUGAAGCAAAAUGAGAAUGUUCUCACGCCUGAGCAGAAGAAGUAUGCACCAGCUGUAGCCAGACUGGGUGAGAUUGGACCGGCAACUUCGUGGGAUGCCACUUCAGGCAAGUUCACGUUUGCCCCAUAUUCUGGAAGAGAUGCCUUCAACACCUCGACCUAUGAGAAGGUGCUUGAGAACGAGGUUGAGGGAUUUCCAAAAGAGAACAUCCUGCUGGGCAAAGUGGUCACUGAGGUGGUCAAUGACUCCGGCACGUUCACGGUUAAAACUGCCCUGGGAGACAAAUAUGAGGCUGAUUUUGUGGUUGUAUCAAUCCCACAGCCUUUGUUGAAACUGGCUGGAUCCUCCGAGGAAGGUGCCAUAAAAUUCUCGCCUCCGCUGCCUUUCGAAUCGCAACUUGCCAAAACCAGCCACGGCACGUUGGCCAAAGUUGUUCUAGAGUUUGACUCCAGUUUCUGGCCAGACUCUGAAAAGUUUCUGAUUAUUCCAGAUACAGAAGAAAUAAACACUGAAAUAGAGACUCCCCCCAUUGCGUUCUCCAACGUCUACCAACAGGGAGACGUCCCCAAGACCUGGGAGUUCCCAGCACUCGUUGCAAACCUGAAGCCGAUCAAAAAUGUUAACUCUCUGGUGUUUUUGAUUCCAUCUCCAGCGGCACAGUACUUUGAAACCAGUGCUCCUUCUGCUGCCUGGCCAAUUCUCAAGCCGAUUUUGGAGAAGAUCGCGCCAGGCACAGAAAUCCCAGAACCUACCAACAUCAUCGUAACCAACUGGUCUCAGGACCCCUAUUCGAGGGGUACGAUCUCCGCUUCAGCACCUUCCGACCUUCCUAUCGUCAAAGAGCUGGCCAAUGGUUGGGGCAAUAUCAGAUUUGCAGGUGAACACACCAUUGAAGAAGGAAAAGGAUGUGCUCAUGGUGCUUGGCUCAGUGGAAAGAGAGAGGCUGACUAUAUUAUUGAACAUUCGAAAGAUGGUAAGGGCGAAGGACGGCUUGAGUCAUCGUGCAAAUCACUGCCUGCCGCUGCGCAUCUAUGUGCAUCCGACAUUUUUCCAAACUUUCCACCUUUGCCUUGA